AUGCAAGCAUCCCUACGAAUUACAUCAAAUAAUUUUGAAUUAGAAGUUUUGGAAUAUCAAAACUUUCAUAAAAUACCAAACGGCUCAUUUAUCAUGAAACUAACAUUAGCUCUCACAAUAUUUUUGACACUUAUUGUUAUUGCUCAAACAUAUCCUGGAAAUCUCUUCCAUGAUAAAAGGCAGGACCCAGCACAAGAAGAUAGAACAGUACCAACAGGGCCAAAUCCCCUCCAUAAUAAAAGACAAGAUCUAGCACAAGAAGAUAGAAAAGUACCAACAGGACCAAAUCCCCUUCAUAAUAAAAGACAAGAUCUAGCACAAGAAGAUAGAAAGGUACCAACAGGAUCAAAUCCCCUCCAUAACAAAAGGCAGAACCCAGCACAAUAA